UAGUUGCUAAUUGCUUGACGAACACUAUGAAUCGCAACUAUUACGUUCCGGAUUUCGAAUUCAAUGAUGAAUCAGCAAAUCCUGCAUCUACAACUCUGACAAGGUCAAAUAAAUCUAUAGCUACAGACGAAGAUUUGAUUGAAGUGCUAUGUCAAAAUGAACAAAUUGUCUUUCAGAGCCAAAACCUAAGAUCUCAGAGAAAACCUGACAUCAUCGUCGGAGGAGAUGCUAUCAUCCUGACGGAGCAACCUGCUCCUCCGAGACAGAUCCGAUCGGAAGAAGUGACACCGGCGAAUCUGUUCAUGCAAGAGGAUGAAAUGACCAACUGGUUACAAUAUCCUCUCGAUGACACUCCUUUCGAUCGUGACCUAUAUGCUGAUCUCCUUUAUCAUCCUCCGAAUUCCACUCCACCGUCCCUUCCUGAUAAUCUUAAUUCGGAAUUCAAGUCUCCGAAGCCACCGACACCACCGGUUCAUAAUUUCACACAUUUUUCGAGGCACAACGGAAUAGCUGAUCAAGGAGGACCGUCGUCGAUUUAUAACAAAACAACGUCCAAGCAGCAACUGGCGGUUAUGGACUCCAUUGAAUCGCCUGCGUUGGGGAAAUCGAUUGAAUAUAGAAUCUCACACGUCAGUAGCAGUAACAGUUCGUCCAGAACCAUAAGGCGCCCUACCGCCGCCGCCGCAGCAGGGAACGAUUUUGCGGCGUCUUCAUCUCCUGGAGGCUCGGCAGUUAGCCCUAGCGCGUCCGUCGAGCCCACGACGCCGAAGCCAGCACCGCCGAUGAUUGAGGAUCGUAAACGGAAGGGAAGAUCCGCCGCCGCCGCCGCCGGCGGCGACGAUGAUGCCGAUUGUGAUAACGAGGUGAGUAUAUUGUAUUUUACCCUCCCUUUCUUUUCCCUAGGUUAUUACUUAUUAUUCUCUAUCGUGCGCAAGUCAAGGAUUGCGUUGUUUAGUGUAAAUCUUCUUAGCAAUGACUUUAACUACUCUGAAGUAAAGAAAAGAGUUUGUGGAUCAACAUCUUCAAAGAAAUCUCGAGCUGCAGAAGUUCAUAAUCUAUCAGAGAGGAAACGUCGAGAUAGAAUAAAUGAAAAGAUGAAGGCCUUGCAAGAGUUAAUACCCCGUUGUAAUAAGUCAGACAAAGCUUCUAUGUUGGAUGAAGCAAUUGAGUACUUGAAAGCACUACAGUUGCAAGUGCAGAUGAUGUCAAUGGGUUGCACCAUGGUUCCAAUGAUGUUCCCAGGCAUCCAACAUUACAUGCCAACAGUUGGGAUGGGAAUGGGAAUGGGAAUGACUCAUCCAAUGAUGCAAUUCCCUCAUGUUUAUCCUGGCUCGAGUGUGCAAGGCCAAUCUUCUAUGUCUCAUAUGGCUCCAAGCUUUCCCACACCGACCUUCCCUUUACCACCACCACCACCACUCGGUGCUGCCAUACCAGAUUCAAACAGAAGCCAAGCAACAAAUCUUCCAGAUUCUGUGAUGAACUCUGCUGCCAUACCAGAUUCAAACAGAAUCCAAGCAACAAAUCUUCCAGAUUCUGUGAUGAACUCUGCUUCCAUACCAGAUUCAAACAGAAUCCAAGCUACAAAUCUUCCAGAUUCUGCGAUGAACUCUGCUGCCACACAAAAUCUCAGCCAUCCACAGAUGCAGAAUGUCGAUCCUUAUCAACAGUACCUUAACAUGAUGAACCAAUCUCGAGUAUCAAUGGCUCAGAAUCCGACUGUGAUGCAACCUAAUACAAGCACAUCGAGCAAUAAUGGGAAUCUUCAAUCUGGUUGACAGACUGGAGUUUGGUCAACAAAGGCACUUGCCUGCCAAAUUUUGUAGUGUAAAAGAGAAAGAACCCAUCGAGAGAUACGAUUACUAAUCCCUUCUAGUUAUUUAUUU